CACAAACAAUUUUGACAAAAGAAAAAAGCUUCCCAAGUUUGAAAGCUAAUUUCUUCCUGAAAAAAAUUUCGUCGACAUUAAAGGUUGAAACUCUCUGGGGACAAGAAUUGGUUUGGUUGAGCAGCGCACCAACGACAAAUCGCAUUUUAGGAUCUGGCCCGCAAAUCAUCAUUAAACACCAAACUCUUCUCCUUCCUUUUUGUUGCUGUCUCUUUGUUUUCUCGCAACGUGUGUAUUUAUUCUAGAAUUUCGGAUAAAAGUUUCAGCAAAAAAAAAGUGUCUGCAUUUCAAAGCUGUAAGAAGAAGCCUUUUGCCUUAUGAAAUGAGAAGCAACAGAUAUGCUUGGAAUGAUUCGAGGAGGAGGAAUGUGUAAUCAGAAUUGGGCUCGUUUGGUUCUCUGCUGGUUGGUUUUGAUCUCUGGGUUCUUCUUGGUGAUUACCUUGGAAGAGAGUCCAGAGAAAGAUGAGACUUUCCUUACCCAAUUCAUGGCUCCAUCUACAGGGCAUGUCGAUGAACAAAUGGUAGAAACAUUAUGGGCACAUCGUUGCUGGCAAGAUCCAGAUUGUGUGAAGGAAACUGUUGCAUUAUUCAACUUAUGUUUCCCAGGAUCAAAGGAUAAUAACUUGGAGCUAUUUGGUUCCACCCCUUCCCAUCUGAAACAAACUCUUCUUGUUUGUAUCCAAAAACAAGGAGAUCUGAAUGCUCAUAACCUCAAGCUCUUACCAUCUCUCCUUGAUAAUGCUCCCAGGAGAAAUCUAGCUUCUUCUACACAUGUCUCUUCCCCUCCUCAUGCUAAGAAAAGCGCUUCAUCUGCAAAAGGAAAAGAGGACCAUCAGAAGACAAUCAUCAUCGCGGUUGUCACCACUGCUGUUUCCACCUUAUUGCUAGCUGCGUGCCUCUUCUUGUGCUGUACUAAGGUUUGUGGAAAGGGUUCAGGAAGCAGGAUCAAUGAUGAACGUCCUCUUCUUAGUUUAAGCAGUAACGAGUACUCUCUUGGCUCCUCUAACAACUAUGGUGGUUCUGGCAAAGGUCAUCAGUCUUUCAAUGAAAACAACUCUGACAAUUUUGUUACCUUAGAGGAAAGGAUGUCCCAAGACGGAAUGUUUAAUACUACCAUCACCAGUCAUGGCAUUCCACCGUUGAAGGCUCCACCUGGAAGGAAAUCUUCUAAAAUUUCAUGGAAGCCUCCUUCUGGUAGAGUGGAGCCACUUUCACAUGAACCACCCAAGUUUCUCAAGGCAUCCUCUUCAAAAAAGUCUUCUCCUGCUUCUGCUGCUUCUCCACCGCCACCGCCCAUGCCGUCUUCUGGCGGUCCUUCAAGACCACCUCCUCCAGCUCCUCCACCUGGUCCUGGUGGUGGUCCUAAGCCACCUCCUCCUCCUGGACCAAAAGGACCACGUCCACCUCCACCGAUUGGCAAGAAAGCUCCUCCAGCGUCUCCUGGGCCAGCGAGUUCAGGAGAUGAUGAUGCUCCCAAAACAAAGCUGAAGCCGUUUUUCUGGGAUAAAGUGCAAGCAAACCCUGAACAGUCUAUGGUUUGGAAUGAUAUAAGAUCAGGAUCUUUCCAGUUCAAUGAGGAGAUGAUAGAGUCGUUAUUUGGAUAUGCAGCUGCAGACAAGAACAAAAACGACAAGAAAGGAGGCUCCGGACAAGCUGCUUUACCUCAGUUUAUUCAGAUUCUUGAACCAAAGAAAGGACAGAACCUAUCUAUUCUCUUGCGUGCUUUGAACGCAACAACUGAAGAAGUGUGUGAUGCACUUCUUGAAGGAAAUGAGCUUCCUGUAGAAUUCAUUCAGACUCUAUUAAAGAUGGCACCAACACCAGAAGAAGAGCUAAAGCUCAGAUUAUACUCUGGCGAAAUAGCUCAGCUGGGAACAGCUGAACGGUUCCUGAAAGCUGUAGUUGAUAUCCCUUUCGCUUUCAAACGUCUAGAGGCACUUCUCUUCAUGUGUACACUCUAUGAAGAGAUGGCCUUUGUCAAAGAAUCGUUUCAGACGCUAGAGGUUGCUUGUCAAGAACUUAGGGGAAGCAGGCUGUUCCUGAAGCUCCUAGAGGCGGUUCUCAAGACCGGAAACCGAAUGAACGACGGCACAUUCAGAGGCGCUGCUCAAGCCUUCAAGCUAGACACUCUCCUGAAGCUAGCAGACGUGAAGGGAACCGAUGGGAAGACGACUCUCCUCCACUUCGUCGUCCAAGAGAUCAUAAGAACCGAAGGAAGGAGAGCCGCGCGCACCAUCAGAGAGAGCCAGAGCUUCUCCAGCGUCAAAACAGAGGAUCUAAUGGCAGAGGAAACAACCGAGGAGAUGGAAGAGAACUACCGCGGCCUCGGGCUUCAGAAAGUCUCUGGCCUCAGCAGCGAGCUCGAGCACGUGAAGAAGUCUGCGAACGUGGACGCUGAUAGCUUGACAGGGACUGUCCUCAAGAUGGGACACUCGCUGACCAAAGCUAGAGAGUUUGUGAACUCUGAGAUGAAGAGCUCUGAGGAGGAGAGCGGGUUCCGUGAGGCGCUUGAGGAUUUUAUACAGAACGCUGAAGGAGGCAUUAUGGAGAUUCUCGAGGAAGAGAAGAGGAUCAUGGCGUUGGUGAAGAGCACUGGGGACUACUUCCAUGGGAAGGCAGGGAAGGAUGAAGGGCUGCGUUUGUUUGUGAUCGUGCGUGAUUUCUUGAUAAUCUUAGAUAAGUCUUGUAAAGAGGUGAGGGAGGCGAAAGGGAAGCAGGUGAAGAUGGCGAGGAAACAGGGUUCAACGGCUUCGUCAGUAGCUUCUGAGAUUCCGAGAGCGCCUUCGUUAGAUCCUAGAGAGAAGCUGUUUCCUGCUAUUACGGAGAGGCGUGUGGAUCAGUCUAGUUCAGAUUCAGACUAAAAGAAAAGUAUAGUAAUCUUUGGGGUUUUGUUACUUGUGUUAGGAGAUGCGGUUUUUGCUGAGAGCUUCUGAUGGUGUUUAACUUGCAGAGAUGUCAGAUCAGGUUUUGAGGUAAAUAUAGCUGCAGGGAGUUGUUGACUUCGGUUCUACUGACAUUCUUAGCCUUAGUUUUUAGAAACACACGUUUUCCAUUUAUUUUUGUCUUGAAUCUUGUUGGAAAUGGAAGAGUAAUCCUUGUGUGUUUGUUUGCUUUUGUACCAUUACUAGCAAUUACAUUAUAUGUUCAUUUCGAACUGAA